AUGAAAAAAGGAAACGUUCUCGAGACAGGUUCCUCAUCACCUAUUGAUUCAAAUUCGCCCAUAUCCUACGAUGGCGGUAGCUUGGUUGGUGUCGGUCAUACAGAAGGUAACACCGGUGCAAAUACAUCUGGUUUCAGUCGGGGAGAUAUAGAGAGAGGUGCUAACGAUGAUGUAGAAUUACAUGAAAUGUUAGCGAAAUACAAAAGUAAUGGUCAAGGUUCUACAUUUACACCAGAACUUGCUUCUAAAGUUGAAUCAUUAGCAAGAACACUUUCAAAACGGAAAUCGGCAGAUGGAAAGUUUGAUUUAUCAUCUGUAGAUGAUGAAGAUGGAUUCGAUGCUGAAAAAAUUCUAAGGCACUUUGUUAAGAAUGCUAGUUCACAAGGUAUCGACUUCAGGAAAACUGGUAUUACCAUGGAAGAUGUUUCAGCAACAGGGCUUGAUAAUUCAUUUUUGGAAGGCUCGACGUUUGCUGAUAUUGCACUUUUACCUUACACCAUCUUCAAAUUUCUAAAAGGUGUAAGACAUAGACGUAUGAGAAAAAUUAUUCGCAAUGUUAAUGCGUUUGCACUACCUGGUGAAAUGGUUUUGGUUCUAGGUAGACCAGGUUCCGGAUGCUCAUCGUUUUUAAAGACAGCAGCAGGGGUGACUGACCAAUUUGCAGGUGGUGUGGAAGGUGAUAUUAUGUACGAUGGUGUUCCACAAGAUACUAUGAUGAAGCACUACAGAAGUGACGUUAUCUACAAUGGUGAGUUAGAUGUCCAUUUUCCUUAUCUUACAGUUAAGCAAACAUUGGACUUUGCCAUUGCAUGUAAAACACCGGCUAUCAGAGUCAAUAACGUCUCUAGAAGUGAGUACAUCCGUGAAACCCGUGACCUAUACGCAACGAUCUUUGGUUUAACCCAUACCUACGAUACUAAGGUUGGUAACGAUUUUGUUCGUGGUGUUUCUGGUGGUGAAAGGAAAAGAGUUUCCAUUGCUGAAGCGUUAGCGGCUAGAGGUACUUUUUACUGCUGGGAUAAUGCUACCAGAGGUUUGGAUGCGUCAACGGCGUUAGAAUAUGCAAUGGCAAUCCGUAUCAUGACCAAUUUGUUAAAUUCCACAGCGUUUGUUACCAUCUAUCAAGCGAGUGAAAACAUCUAUGAAACUUUUGAUAAAGUUACAGUUUUGCACAGUGGUAGACAAAUUUAUUAUGGUUCAGCUAGAGAUGCAAAGGCAUACUUUGAGAAAAUGGGCUACUUGUGUCCACCAAGACAAGCAACUGCGGAAUUUUUAACCUCAUUGACAGAUCCAAACGGUUUCCACGUUGUUCGUGAAGGUUACGAAAAUAAAGUCCCACGUACAGCAGAAGACUUAGAAAAUUAUUGGUUGAAUUCUGAGGAAUGUGCCAACCUAAAGAAAGCUAUUCAAGAAUACAAAGCUAGUGUUGACCCUGAAGCCACUAAGCAGUUCUUUGCCGAAACCAUGAAAGCCGAAAAAUCCAAAUAUGCUAGAGAUAAAUCUUAUUACACCGUUUCAUUUCCGGAACAAAUUAGACUUUGUACCGUUAGAGGAUUCCAGAACGUUUAUGGUAAUAAGGCUUAUACUGUGAUUAACAUUGCCGCAGCUGUAAUUCAAGCUUUUAUUACAGGUUCUGCUUUUUACAAUUCUCCAGCCUCAACAGCAGGUGCUUUCUCUCGUGGUGGUGUUCUUUAUUUUGCCCUAUUGUAUUACUCUUUGAUGGGUUUGGCCAACAUCUCUUUUGAUCACAGGCCUAUUCUACAAAAGCAUAAAACGUAUUCAUUGUAUCAUCCUGCAGCUGAAGCCCUAGGUUCUACUUUUUCUGGUGCACCAUUUAGAAUGAUUGGUCUAACAUUGUUCAUUAUUAUUCUGUAUUUCUUAGCAGGUUUGAACAGAACCGCUGCCAGUUUCUUCAGAGUUUAUUGGUUCCUUGCUAUGUGCUCUGAAGCGAUCUAUGCUUUAUUCGAUCUAAUUGCAUCAGCUUGUGAUGAUAUUUCUCAAGCUAACUCCAUUGCAGGUUUGGUCAUGUUUGCCAUUUCGAUGUAUUCUACCUAUAUGAUCCAAUUACCCAAUAUGCAUCCAUGGUUCAAAUGGAUUUCAUAUGUUUUACCAAUCAGAUAUGCAUUUGAAGGUAUGCUUGAGUCUGAAUUCCACGGUAGACACAUGGCUUGUGGUAAAGGUUCUUUGGUACCAUCGGGUCCUGGCUAUGAAAACGUACCAGACUCUGAAAGAGUUUGUGCCUUCAUUGGAUCGAAAAAGGGUAGGUCCUGGGUUUUGGGUGAUGAUUACUUGAAUGUCCAAUACCAAUACAUAUACUGGCAUUUAUGGAGAAACAUCGGUAUUAUGUUCGCCUUUUUAAUUGGUUACAAUGUGUUUAAAGCAAUUAUAACAGAAAUCAAACGUCCAGUGAAAGGUGGUGGUGAUGCCUUAAUCUUUAAGAAAGGUACCAGAAAUGCUACUGCUAAGAAGAACAAUCGCCCUGAUGAUUUGGAAUCUAUGGAUCAAAUGAAUGUACAAGAUGUUAAAGACAAAUACUCCAGCGGUAGUGAUAUUACUCCUAACAACGACCAAGAAAUCGAACAGUCCUUUAAGGAUUUUGCUAGUAAAGGUAUUUUUAUCUGGAAAAAUAUUUGUUAUGUCAUCCCUUACAAAGGUGGUGAAAGAACUCUUCUGGAUAAUGUUACUGGUUAUGUGGCACCGGGAACCAUGACAGCUUUGAUGGGUGAAUCAGGUGCCGGUAAAACUACUUUAUUAAACACUUUGGCUAAACGUGUCAAUGUUGGUGUAGUGACAGGUGAUAUGUUGAUUAACGGUAAACCAGUAGAUAGCAGUUUUGAAAGAAGAACCGGUUACGUGCAACAACAAGAUAUUCACAUUGCUGAAAUGACAGUUAGAGAAUCCUUAAUCUUUUCAGCUCGUUUGAGAAGACCUCAAAGUAUUCCUGACGCAGAAAAAGUUGCAGAUGCGGAAACCGUUAUGAAGUUGUUGGAUAUGGAAGAGUAUGCUGAUGCCCUAGUUGGUGGUCUUGGUGCAGGGUUAAACGUGGAACAGAGAAAAAAAUUAUCCAUUGGUGUAGAAUUAGUUUCUAAGCCCGAUCUCUUACUUUUCCUGGAUGAACCUACCUCUGGUUUAGAUUCUCAAUCUUCAUGGGCCAUUGUUCAACUGUUGAAAAGAAUUUCAAGGGCUGGUCAAAGUAUUCUUUGUACCAUCCAUCAGCCUUCCGCUACAUUGUUUGAACAAUUUGACAGAUUAUUAUUGUUGAAGAAAGGUGGUCAAACUGUUUAUUUUGGUGAUAUCGGUGAAAACUCUUCUAUUGUGCUGGACUAUUUCGAAAGAAACGGUGCUAGACAUUGUGAAGAAAAGGAAAAUCCUGCUGAAUACAUCUUGGAGGCUAUUGGUGCAGGUGCUACUGCUACUGUCAAAGACGACUGGCACGAAAUCUGGCAGAAAUCUGAUGAAUAUGGUGCAACAGAGCAGAAGGCUUCCGAAUGGAUUGAAAAAUUGGCAAAUCAAGAAUGUACUAAUGAAGAAAUUGGUAGCGCACCCACCAAAUAUGCUACUGAUUACUUUUACCAAUUCAAAUAUGUUUGGUUAAGAACAAAUUUGAUGUUCUGGAGAGAUGUACCUUAUAUUUUUUCGAAAUGUAUGUUACAGGUUACUGCAGGUCUUUUCAUCGGUUGGACCUUUUUCAAUCCCGGUAAAAGUUAUGUCGGGUUACAAGAUACCAUGUUUGCUGCCUUUAUUUCCGUUAUUGUCGCAGCACCUUCAAUGAAUCAAAUCCAAGCAAGAGCUAUAUCGUCUCGUGAAUUGUUUGAAGUUCGUGAAUCCAAAUCAAAUAUGUUCCAUUGGUCACUUUUGCUUAUCACCCAAUACAUGGCUGAAAUCCCAUACCACAUAUUAUUCUCGACCUUUUUCUUCUGUGCCUCUUAUUUCCCAUUGAGAGUUUGGUUCGAAGCAUCUAGAUCUGCCGUCUUUUUCUUGAACUACUGUAUCAUGUUCCAAUUAUACUACGUCGGGUUGGGUCUAACGAUUCUUUACAUGUCCCCCAAUUUACCAUCUGCAAACGUCAUCAUGGGUUUGAUUCUGUCCAUGAUGAUUCAAUUCUGUGGUGUAACUCAACCAGUGAGUUUAAUGCCCGGAUUUUGGACUUUUAUGUGGAAGGUUUCUCCCUUCACUUAUUUCAUUCAAAAUCUGGUCGCUAUUGUGCUACACAAAAAACCAGUCGUUUGCAAGAAGAAAGAACUCAACUAUUUCGAUCCACCUCAAGGUAAGACUUGCGGUGAAUAUAUGAACGGUUUUAUGAAGCAAGCUCAAGGUUACAUUGCAAAUCCUGACGCAACUUCUAAUUGCGCCUACUGUCAAGUAUCUGUUGGUGAUGACUACAUGGCUCAAAGAGGCGUUUACUAUGGAAAUCUUUGGAGAAACUUUGGUUUCUACUGGGUAUACAUCGUCUUCAACAUGUUCGCCAUGGUUGGUAUUUACUACAUUUUCUCUGUGAGGGGUGUUAGUAUUUUCAACCCAUUUGCAGUGAUCAAGAGAAUCAUCAAGCGUAAAUGA